GCUAGCAAUGAAGGAGGAGCCUUACCUACCAUAAUUCCCAAUAUCACUACUACUUCUACUUCUCCUCUCUUUGCCUUUUCUUUUUAGACUACUCUGUUUCUCUCUUUUCUCUUCUCCCUCUAACAGAUUUUCACAGACAAAACAAAGGAAUUUGAAGUAAAUAUUUAUGUUUUAAAUUCUACAGAAGUGAAUUGUUUUAAAUUCUUGGGAAUUUAGCCAAACUAAACUAAGGAGAAUUGAAAUUCAAAAAGAAAAUCAACAUUAACCAUUAAACAUGAUUGGACCAGCAAAUUUCAUGGACGAGAUAGACUGCGGUAGCUUCUUUGACCACAUCGAUGACCUCCUCGACUUCCCCACCGACGAUAUCGACGAUUGUCUCCCUGGUUCCGACUGCGCCACCAUCAACAACAAUGGAAUUGCGGGUAACUCGUUUCCGAGUAUUUGGUCGACUCAGUCUGACUCGCUGCCGGGUUCUGACUCGGUUUUCUCUAAUAAUAGCGCUUCUGAUCUUUCCGCUGAGUUAUCUGUUCCGUAUGAAGAUAUUGUUCAGCUAGAAUGGUUAUCAAAUUUUGUUGAGGAUUCCUUCUCUGGAGGAAGCCUUACAAUCAAUAAUAGUAGUAAAAAUAAAGAAGGGUCAACUUCCAUCAACAAGGAUUCAUCUCGUCAAUUCCAGACCUCCAGCCCAGUUUCUGUACUUGAAAGCAGCAGUUCCUGCUCUGGAGAGAAAACUGCGCCACGCAGCCCGGAAAUCAUUGCCUCGGGCAGGCGUGGACGUGCUCGUAGCAAACGUCCUCGCCCCGCCUCUUUCACUCCCCGACCGGCUAUGCAACUUAUCUCACCGAGCUCUUCUGUCAGUGAGACUCACCAUCCUUUUGCUGUCCCUAAAGUCUCUUCGGAUUCUGAAAACUAUGCUGAGUCGCGACUUUUAAUCAAAUUACCGAAGCAAGUUGCCCCUGAACAGAAGAAGAAGAAGAAAAUCAAGUUUACUGUUCCAAUAGUUCCUUCAGAGACAAGCCAAAAUUCACCACCACAGCAACAACAAGCAGUAAGGAAAUGUAUGCAUUGUGAGAUAACAAAGACACCACAAUGGAGAGCUGGGCCAAUGGGGCCAAAAACCCUGUGUAAUGCUUGUGGUGUUCGCUACAAGUCCGGCCGGCUUUUCCCUGAAUACCGACCGGCUGCAAGUCCAACCUUCGUUCCAUCCUUGCAUUCCAAUUCCCACAAGAAAGUUUUGGAGAUGAGAACCAAGACUACCACCAAAACUAAUGUCCCCGGAAAUGCUACAAUGAUGACCAACUCGCCAGAGUUAAUUCCAAAUGAUAACAACCUUGCAAUGGAUUAUAUGUGAAUGGAGGAUAUGGAGAAUAGUUUUCCGAUCGAGUCGAAGCCUUCUCAUAGUUUUACUCAUUUUAUGUUAUUUCCUUACUGUUGUUUUAUUUCUUUGUUAAAUUGUUUUUUUGUACAGGGACAGAAUGGGGGAGGAAAUAGGAGCAAUAGAUGACCAUAUUUUUAGCUAGUAGAGAGAAGGAUUGUGAGAGAGAACUGAAAAAAGGGUUUAGACAGCAAAAAAUGGAGGCUUUUUAAGGAUAGUAGAGAGUCUCUAAUUAGGGUUUUAGUGAUGGUAGGUGAUUAAGUUUAUUAGUCAUAUAUUGAAGGUCUGUGUCUGUCUCUCUUUCCUUUUUGCAUUCUUUUUUCUUUGAUGGGUAUUCUUUUUGCAGUCAAUUUGUUAGUAGAAAAUUCUGAAAUGAGUAAUGGAUUUUGAAACAAUUUGUAAUGCCUUUUUCCACAA